AGGGUAAUUCAAUGUGUAUAUUCUUGUUUAAGAAGUGAAUGUGAGAGGGGUAACGUCAUUUUGAGAGCAAAGCGCCCAUUCAUCUCCCUUAAGCCUCGUUUCCUCCUCGAAAACCCUGCUUCUUCACUUCCCAUAACAAUGGCGAAUAAUUUCUCUAACUCUCCUCCAAAUUUGGAUGACGGUGAACUUUGGCUACCUUCCGAUAUCUUCGUCCACGAACCCCCUUCCAAAUUCAACCCCCGCCUUCACCACCAUCACCUCCCUUUCACUUGCAUGGAUGAAUUAGCUCCUCGUUUCGCCGCCCUUUCGCUUCCUAAGCAUCACCAGAAACUACCCAAAGUCACCAACUUUCAGAGGCUUAAAGAACCGGUUCGCUACGGUUCAGUUCAUGGGGCUGGCUUGGGUCAAAACUCGUACGGGUUCAGAAACGGUCCAUUUCUUGCUGGGACUAAACCGGUUUAUGAGUUCCAGUUCUUGAAACCAACUCAAGCUCAGGUUGAGAGCUACGUUGAAGCCAGGGUUAGGUCUCUGCAAAGGCAACAACAAAACCGGCUUUUUCAAAACCGGGGUUUGCCAUUUGAAGCUAAUGGUUUUAAUAAUUAUAAAUUGGGGUUAGGUGGUGGUUUGGUGAGAGAAUCUGGUGGCACUGGUGUGUUUCAUCCUCGUAUUGUGAACACCCCUUUUGAUUCCACAAAGAAACAAAGUAUGAGAAAUAGACAACCCCAAGAGAUGAUGAAAUCCAUGAAAAGAGUUGGUGUUGUGAAACAAGAGGAUUGCUAUUAUAAUCUUCCACCAGAGAUGGGGUUUCACAGGGACCGGACUUGGUGAUUUGCCAUGAUUGAAUAAGAGAGGAUGAAGAUAGAAGGUGAAAUAAACUUUUGGGUUUUCAGCCAGAUCUUUGAAGGAAAAUGUAGGGUAUGAUUUAGGUUUUGUAGAGAUAAAUAAGUGGUCCUGUGGGAGAAUUGAGUUGACUUAGGUAUUUUGGGCAUCUUUUUUUGUAAUAUGUUUUGAUGUAGCACUGGUAGGAAUAUUUAAAGCUCUUUUACUUGAGAAAAGACAAAUUGAUAUUGGCUUUG